AUGAAACAUGACGAAUCGUCGCGGGAUAAACAGAAGACCGCGUCGGCGGCGAAGAAGCGGCCCAACCGCAUGGAUCGGGUGUCCAUGCUCGGCAAGUGCCAGAGCACGCUCAACUCCGUGGAGGCGAACACGACCCUGUCCACGGAGAACAUCGACACCUCCUUCGAAAAGGACUUGGACACAAAGUUCGUGAUUCAAGUUGGGGAAGUGGCGGAGGGAACGGAGGUUGGGGCCGGGAAUUUCGCGGUCGUCCGCAAAGGUAAGGUGGUCUUGCAGUGGGUGACCUGCUCCAGUGGCAAAAAACGUACCAUUUUGUAUCCGGGAAGCAUCAAAAAUGUGGCAAAAUGCUUCCCUGUCCAAGUGAAAAAACUCAGAUUUUGAAAGCGCGCCCGCUCUUUUUGUAAGGACAAACGGCGCGCCCUUCAAAACGAAGUUUUUUUUCACCUGGACAGGGAUGCAUUUUGCCACAUUUUUGAUACUUCCCGGAUGCAAAAUGGUACGUUUUUUGACACUGGAACAGGUGCCUCACUGUAUAACGUGAUUGCGGAGGGUCAAUUUAACCUAUCCCCUUUUCAGGCACCUACAAGUCGAAGACUGUGGCGAUCAAAAGGGCCACGGAUGCGGAGCGAAUAACCGAUCUGCGCAGGGAGGCGCUGAUCAUGUCGCUGCUCGGCUCUCAUCCGAAUGUUAUUGGGUUUUUCGGGGUGAUAGAGAAUCCGGUGAGCAUUUACAGUGAAGGACCUGAUCCAGCGGCAAAAAACGUAUCAUUUUGUAUCCAGGAAGCAUCAAGAAGUAUGGCAAAAUACCUCCCUCUCCAAGUGAAAAAACUCCGAUUUCAAAAACGCGCCCGCUUUUUUUGUGAGGGGCCCUUCAAAAUGAAGUUUAUCACUUGGAGAGGGAAGCAUUUUGCCACAAUUUUGAUGCCUCCCGGAUGCAAAAUGGUAGGUUUUUUUGCCACUGGAUCGAGUCCAUCACUGUAUACACCCAUUUUGGAUAUAAACGACCGAUUUUAGAUUCGAAUUGUCAUGGAAUUUUGCGUCGGCCCGUUGGACGACAUUCUGGCAAGUGGAAAAAGAGAGAUCAAAAAUGAUGAAAUCCUGACGUACCUCGCCGAAACCGCGAAAGGAAUGCUUUAUCUUUCCGAGAAAGGGUGCAUUCAUCGGGAUUUGGCAACUCGAAAUAUUUUGGUGACUGAUGAUGGGAUUUUGAAAAUAUCCGAUUUUGGGAUGAGCCGGCAGGCGUCCGUUUCCGAAAUGGGGUGCUUCGCACACCCAAAGGUGAGUAGUUUUCUAUACUAGUCAGUAAAAGAAUCUCUGUGGCAAUUCGGGCACUAUUUGCCUCAAUUUGCGAGGACAAUCCUACAUUUUAAUUGAUAAGCUGUCGAAAAUGCAAAAUUCUUUGACGAAUAUCGACUCAAAUAGCCUAGGAUUGCAUACCUUGUCCAUAUAAACACCAAAUUUCAAAAAUUUUAUAUUACACUAGGUGAGCUAAUCAAAAAGUGGAAUUCUCAGCUCUAGUCCAUUCGAAUUCGACAAAACUUUUCUUGUACCCUCUUUCGCGCUUAUCUAAACCAGACAGAACCAAUUUUAUGCCACAAAUUCCAUAAAGUUUGACAUUAUACUAGUCAUCCAAUUCCGAAUUUCAGCUAAAUUUCAACAUUCCGCUGCGCUGGUGGCCUCCGGAAUGCAUUCGCCGCGACCCCAUCUUCACCCCCGUUCUGGAUGUAUGGUCGUUUGGGGUGGUGAUCUACGAAAUGUUCAGCAAUGGCGAGCGACCUUGGCCGGAGGAGGACCCCAAAGUUGUGGCGCAUCGCAUUCGACGCUUCAAGAUGUUCAAGUUCCCGAGAGAAUGCCCGCCUUAUCUGGUGGAGCUGUGUCAACGGAAGAUUUUCAUUCCGCACACUCAACGAUGGACCUUCAAAUCGGUGAGGAUAUUAGAGUAGGCAAAAAGGUUGAAGAAUUCAUUUUCAUUUUGCCAGAAAGAGAUCGGAAGCUGAAAUAAAGCCAUUUUCAGAUCAACAACUUUAUCAACUACGUCCAGUUCGAAGUGAAGCCGACCAAGAAGCACAUGAAGCAUUUGUUUGGAAGCCGAGUCGUCGAUCCGAAAGUGGAAAGAUUGAGAUGUGGAGAGCAGGAAAUCAAGGAGUUUCAGGACCUCAUGCGGAAAGAGAGCAAGGGGAAUACCAGCAGCAGAGAAUCGAAAAGAAUCCUGGAUCCGGUAAGCGUUUCAGAAUUAGCGAAAUUUAAAGUGAAGGUGCGUGUGCCAGCCUGACCUGGAAGGAUUGUUUUGCUUACAGCUCGGGAAGUAAUGGAUCAAGAACCGCAAAAAUUAUAUUUUUUGGAUCCAUGGAGCCUCUAAUUUUCAGCAUGUAACUCUUAAUCACUAAAAAGCCCUCAGGCAAUCUGAAAACAUCAUUUUUUAAACUUCAUUCUUUCAGUUCGAACGAAAUUUUAAAAAAUGACGUUUUCAGAUUGCCUGAGGGCUUUUCAGUCAUAAAGAUUUACAUGCCGAAAAUUGGAGACUCCAAGAAUCCAAAAAAUAUAAUUUUCGCGGUUCUUGAUCCAUUACUUCCCGAAAUGUAAGCAAAACAAUCCUUCCGGAUCAAGGCGGCCCACUUUAACUUAAAAUUUCCUCAAUUCGUCUGUUUCAGCACCACAAUCCGAAGACCAAAGGGCCCCGCGCCAGAAAAGCACAGAAUCAAACGCGGACCAAAACCUUUGAGACCACGACCACCGGCUCCGAUGCUCACGACGAUUACAAGAAGGGCAGACACAACCGUUUCCUCGACGUCAUCAGAUCCGAGCGACAAGACGAGCCCACCGAAAAACAACAGCACAACAAAUCCCGACUAGCUUGA